AUGCAAAUAGCAGUUGCAAGCUCCAGCGUCAUUCUACGUCUACCUUUCUCUCGUGCUCUCUCUCCUUCUCACUCUCUCUCACGUUCUCUCUCUCUCUCACUCUCGCACUCUCCCUCUCGCGAGGGCUCUCUCUCCCUCUCUCAAACUUUCUCUCCCUCUCGCUCGCUCACUUUCCACCUCUCAAGCUCUCUCCUCUCCCACUCUCUCUUUCCCCCUCUUUCCUCUCCAACACUCUCUCACUCUCCUUCUCACGCACCCUCUCCCUCUCACGCACCCUCUCCCUCUCCCACGCACCCUCUCCCAUGCACCCUCUCUCUCCCCCACUCUCCCUCUCCCACGUACGCUCUCCCCCACGAACGCUCUCUCCCACGCACGCUCUUCCACACUCUCCCGCGCACGCUCUCCCCCACGCACACUCUUUCACACUCUCCCCCACGCACGCUCUUCCACACUCUCCCACGCACGAUCUUCCCCACGCACGCUUUUCCACACUCUCCCACGCACGCUCUCUCUCUCCCCCACGCCCGCUCUCCCUCUCCCCCACGCCCGCUCUACCUCUCCCCCACGCCCCCUCUCCCCAACGCCAGCUCUCCCUCUCCCACACGCCCCAUCUCCCUCUCUCACACGCUCCCUCUCCCACACGCCCCCUCUCCCUCUCCCACACGCACGCUCUCCCACACGCUCCCUCUCCCACACGCACGCUCUCCGACACGCCCCCUCUCCCUCUCCCACACGCACGCUCUCCCACACGCCCCCUGUCCCUCUCCCACACGCACCCUCUCCCACACGCACGCUCUCCCCCACGCCCCCUCUCCCUCUCCCACACGCACGCUCUCCCACACGCCCCCUCUCCCUCUCCCACACGCACGCUCUCCCACACGCACCCUCUCCCUCUCCCACAUGCACGCUCUCCCACAUGCUCCCUCUCCCUCUCCCACACGCAUGCUCUCCCACAUGCUCCCUCUCCCUCUCCCACACGCACGCUCUCCCACAUUCUCCCUCUCCCACGCACGCUCUCCCACACUCUCCCUCUCCCACGCACGCUCUCCCACAUUCUCCCUCUCCCACGCACGCUCUCCCACACUCUCCCUCUCCCACGCACGCUCUCCCUCACUCUCCCUCUCCCACGCACGCUCUCCCACACUCUCCCUUUCCCAUGCACGCUCUCCCACACUCUCCCUCUCCCUCGCACGCUCUCCCUCGCACGCUCUCCCAUGCUCUCCAGUUCUCCCACACACGCCCUCCCACACACGCUCUCCCACGCUCUCCAGUUCUCCCACACACGCUCUCCAACACUCUCCCUCUCCCACACUCUCCCAGACUCACCCUCUCCCACCCUCUCAAGUUCUCCCACACACACUCUCCAACACGCACCCUCUCCCACCCUCUCCAGUUCUCCCACACACGCUCUCCAACACUCACCCUCUCCCACCCUCUCCAGUUCUCCCACACACGCUCUCCAACACUCACCCUCUCCCAUCCUCUCCAGUUCUCCCACACACGUUCUCCCACACUCACCCUCUCCCACCCUCUCCAGUUCUCUCACACACACUCUCCCACACUCACCCUCUCCCACACUCACCCUCUCCCACACUCACCCUCUCCCACCCUCUCCAGUUCUCUCACACACGCUCUCCCACACUCACCCUCUCCCACACUCACCCUCUCCCACCCUCUCCCACCCUCUCCCACACUCACCCUCUCCCACCCUCUCCCACACUCACCCUCUCCCACACUCACCCUCUCCCACACUCACCCUCUCCCACCCUCUUCCACACUCACCCUCUCCCACGCUCACCCUCCCCCACCCUCUCCCACGCUCACCCUCUCCCACGCUCACCCUCUCCCAUCCUCUCCCUCGCUCACCUUCUCCCACGCUCACCCUCUCCCACCCUCUCCCACGCUCACCCUCUCCCACGCUCACCCUCUCCCACGCUCAACCUCUCCCACCCUCUCCCACUCCCACCCUCUCUCACGCUCACCCUCUCCCACGCUCACCCUCUCCCACGCUCACCCUCCCCCACCCUCUCCCACGCUCACCCUCUCCCACGCUCACCCUCUCCCUCGCUCACCCUCUCCCACGCUCUCCCACGCUCACCCUCUCCCACGCUCUCCCACGCUCACCCUCUCCCACACUCACCCUCUCCCACACUCACCCUCUCCCACCCUCUCCCACACUCACCCUCUCCCACGCUCACCCUCUCCCACGCUCUCCCACGCUCACCCUCUCCCACCCUCUCCCACCCUCUCCCACGCUCACCCUCUCCCACCCUCUCCCACGCUCACCCUCUCCCACGCUCACCCUCUCCCACCCUCUCCCACGCUCACCCUCUCCCACGCUCACCCUCUCCCACGCUCUCCCUCUCCCACCCUCUCCCACGCUCACCCUCUCCCACCCUCUCCCACGCUCACCCUCUCCCACGCUCACUCUCUCCCACCCUCUCCCUCGCUCACCCUCUCCCACGCUCACCCUCUCCCACCCUCUCCCACGCUCACCCUCUCCCACCCUCUCCCACGCUCACCCUUUCCCAUGCUCACCCUCUCCCACCCUCUCGCUCUCCCACCCUCUCGCUCUCCCACCCUCUCACUCUCGCUCUCCCACCCUCUCGCUCUCCCACACCCUCACUCUCCCACAUGCACGCUCUCCCACGCUCUCCUCUCCCACACGCACGCUCUCCCACACUCUCCGCUCCCACACGCACGCUCUCCCACACCCUCACUCUCCCACACGCACGCUCUCCCACACUCUCCGCUCCCACACGCACGCUCUCCCACACCCUCACUCUCCCACACACACGCUCUCCCACACUCUCCUCUCCCACACGCACGCUCUCCCACAAUCUCCUCUCCCACACGCACGCUCUCCCACACCUCCCCUCUCCCACACUCCCCCUCUCCCACGCACGCUCUCCCACACUUCCCCUCUCCCACGCACGCUCCCCCACACUCCCCCUCUCCCACACACGCUCCCCCACACUCCCCCUCUCCCACACACGCUCCCCCACACUCCCCCUCUCUCCUUCCCCUCCCUCCCCCAUUUCCCUUAAUUCCCCUUGUAUCAAUGUAACCUAA